AUGAAACCAGGGAACCCAUCUCCCCCUCCUCUGCCUCAGAAACCUUCAUCAAAUAGACAACAAACCACAAAGGACUCACAACCCAAAUGUAUUAAUAAAGCAAAGCAGAACUCACCUCAGGCCAGUGCUACCAAUAACAUCCCAGCCGAGUACAAAAAGUCAGUUCAGCUUAAGCAAAAGCGGGAACAGAAAAACAUUGGAACAACAUUGGCAGUUGAUCAUCGUUCGGCCAUGUCAAAUGGCACUGAAAAUGAGAUGGACAGAAACGUAAUACAGAAAAUCAAUGCAGCAAAAGAGAUCCGAAUGUGCAUGCAGAGCUACACAGAAGAUGGUAAUGUACAACAGGAAAUAAACACAGACUUUCAGGUCGCAAUCCAAAACUUCAGGGGGAAGGAGAAGAAUGUUGUGGACACAGCCCCUGUGCUGCCAAAUAAGAUCAACGUAAUUCGGGAAAAGGUCAGCCAAGAAAAACAGGUCACCAAAAACACCAACAUGCAACAGGAGAUAAACCCCUCUACUGUGCAGCAGGGGAGAACAGAUAUUCACAAUCAGGGCUGCAAUACAGAUCUCCAAGAACCCUACUCCCCAACUACGACAGAUAGACUUUCAAUGAGCCAACAUAACAGUGACAAGCUGCCAGGAGGAGCAUCCAUAACAGUGACGAGCUGCCAAGAGGAGCAUCACCAGAGACCUGAGGACAAAGUAGUUCUGAGGAAGAAGAAAGAAAAGAAAGAGACCGAGGACCAGCGACGUCAGAGGCUGUCUGUUCACAAAGAUGACAUUAUGAGAGGGAACGUGAAGGCAGCGAUGGAGAUAUUCGAGAAUCUGAGGAAACGAGAGGAACUCAAGACGAUCCUGUCUCAAGUUCAAGAGAUAGAGGGAGAGACGAGGGAAGUGGAUGUCAGUUCAUUAAAGAGCUUAUUUGAGAAUGUACCCGCUUGGAUAGUCACGCCUUGUAAACAUACAAAGCAAAGUCACACAAAAGGGGAAAAGAAAGUUGAAAUAGAGUCAGUGAGCAAUGAUAUGGAAAGUGGAUCUUCGGUAGAGACUGUAUUCGGAGACCUAGAAAAGGCAAGCAGAGAUAUAAUGCAUUUGAAAGAGCAGACGUUAGCAAAACUUAUUGACAUAGAGGAGGCGAUCAGAAAGGCUUUGUAUUCUGUAUCCAAUUUAAAAUCUGAGGCUGAUAUCGCAGGUUUAUCAGGACUCUUCAACGAAUCCUUGCAGACCGAGCAAAGCCAUCAACCCACCAACAACAUAAGAAAAAUCAGUAUCGCAUCCACCAAGGCCACUAAGGCCAAAACAGAACCAGCUAGGGAGGCAUCUGAGGGGAAAACGAAAGGUGCAUCAGGAUCGUCAAAAAGAUCAGAGUCAUCCUCACUCUCUCCGGUACUUGACAAGCCCCAAAUCAAACAAAGCUCUACCUCCCCAUCCUCUCCAUCAUUCAUCUCCAUUCACUCUGCUGCCAGGAAGCCUGUAGAACAGCCAAAGUCACCACAGCCACAGUUCUCAUCAUUCAAGCCUAAACCAGAGCGGUGUCCUUCCCCAAGCUCCCAUGGAGCCAAUGGUGACCUGGGUCAACAAUCUGCCUCUGAUUCCCCAAACCACUUCUACAGUCCUGCUAGUCCAAGACGAAAGGUCAGCAUUUUGGAGGUGCAAACUGUCCCUGAGACUGUUCCUGCCGGAAUCAUUGGCACAAAGACGGUCAGUGAGAAAUACGAGGAGAUGGACUGCUUCGGCAACACAUUUGUCUCGUCAAAGACUUCGACGUUUGUCACGAAGCACUCUGAGAAGUUUGGAGUAGUCACCAGUCCAACCAGGUAUGAAGUCGUGACAUCCCCUAUCAUGCAAAGGUCAGGUCAUCCCUUUUCAGAAAACGCCAAAGAAGGUGGUACGGUUUUUGUAACAUUUGGUCAACCAAAACCUGGAAAACUUUGAAAUGACACAUUUAAUGUAGCAUGGUUUGCAAAAACAAUUUAAUUGAUGUAUUAUUGUAACCCACAUGUAUCCAGUAUGGCCCAUUUAGUUAAUUAUGUCAUAUAAAUAUUUCUUCUUAGCUGCAAAUGAUGUUACCAUAAUUAUUAAAAGAUUUGUAUAGACAGUAUUGGUGUUAAAUUGUGUCUCAUGGACUUUUUGAACUGUAACUAUAGUCAAAUGUUUUGUCCUUUUAUCAAAUAAUUGCAAUAUGUUUGAUAUAUUUUCUGUUGUGUAAAUUAUCAAUAAAUAUUGUAUUAAAUAAU